UUUGUAUGUAGUUAUGUGCCGUGAAUUUCUCAUACAGGAUGCAUUGUGCCUUCAACUAUUUUUUCAGUGUUGCCAACAAUUUUGAAUGAGGUAAACAACUGUAGAAAUGUCUGAGGAAGAAAUUGAACUACGAGAUUUGGUGGCACAAACUUUAGAAAAUAAUGGAGUAUUAUCAAGAAUCCGGGCCGAAUUACGAGCAAGUGUCUUUUUAGCACUAGAAGAACAGGAAUCUGUUACAGAUACUCCUGAGUGCAUAAAUACACAUUUAAAAGAAUUUCUGAGCUCUAAUGAAGGUUCGCUUGUCACAUGUUUAGUCCGUGAAUUUCUGGAAUUUUUUCAUUUGGAUUUUACUCUGUCUGUGUUUGACCCAGAAACAGCUCAAGGAAAGUACUAUAAUUAUGGUGGAAGAUCAAAAUUGACUAAAGAUUUACAGUUAGAGAAUUUGAAUGGUAAAAAGGGACCAUUAUUAGUACAGAUACUACACAUAGCCCUCACCCAAAAUGAUCAUUCUUCUAAUGCAAAAAAGGAAGAAAACAAAGCAAAUAAUGGAGAGAACACAGAAACAUCCUCUGCAGUGCAUAACCCAGCAGUUCAAAUUAACACCUUAUUGAACAGUAACACUCCAAACACCAACAUAUGGGACAAAACUUCAGCCCCACAAAAUAUCACUUUGUUGCGAACUGAAGUUGUAACAACUAAAGAAAGUUCUAGUAACUUAACAACUGAAACAAAGUCUGCCAGUUUCACAGCAGAAGCUUCAAAACUAUCAACAGACAUAAAUAAAGUGCCCAAAAUGAAGGACAUUCCACUGCCUGCAGUAGUAGAGGAUAUGUCUCCAAUAUCAGAAGCUGAACAUGAAAGUCAUGACAGUAAAAAUGCAAAUAGGAGUAAGGCAGGGCCAUUAGAAACUACACCUCAUAACUCCCAGACACCAGAGCAGUCACUGACUCAGUGUAAACCUGAGACACAGGCUGCUCUGAAUUCUGACUCUUCACAAAACAAUACCAACAUGUCUGACUAUAAGAAGAAACAGCCUCAUCAAACCAAUAAGCCAGAUGUUGAACCUGUUACAAGAGCACGAACCAGUACGCUUUCAUCUCUAAGCAAUUUACCGCCUUUAAUUGGAAUUAACCAUCCUGUGAAACAAACUGCUGGAUCCCUUUCAGGGAUCAAUCAGUCAAAAGAUAUGCAUCAAAUUAAAGCAAUGAUUGAUAUAGGAUUGGAAUCUCAAGAUAAUUAUGAUGAAGAUUUUAACUCAUCGGUAAGUGUUAGCGGCAAAGAGUAUGCUGCUAAUCAAGGCACUGACACCGAAAUUGAAGAAGAAUUAGGAUCUGGGGUUGAAGAUUUACUGAGUUCAAAUUCUGUGUUGGAUGAUAUGACAGCUGAUGCUACUCUCUCAAACUUGACAGGCAUUGCAGAUUACAUUGAAGACGUGAAGUAAGAGCAGUGUUUAAUGAUGGAAGUUUCUCCAGCUGCAAAAAUGUGCCUACAUAUUUUAAUGUUCAGAUAUUUAAUUUGUAUGAAUUUUAGCACUAAGCCCUGUAACUAAUAAUUACAGUUUAAAUUGUAUAUUAUU